UUGACCAUAAACAUAAUAGUCUAGUAAGUGUGGUAACCACGUUGAUUUACAAAAGUAAAUACUAGGAAAUAUCAAGUCCUAUACAUAAAUCAAUAAUUCCAGGUUUCAUAAACAUUAAAUAAGUACAACGGCAAUAAAUGAUAAAAAAUCAUUUAAAUGAACGAUCUCACUUGUAAUCGGUGGAAGAACGUUGGCGAGAGACAGUACCAAUGCGACGUGUGUGAAAAGUCAUUCAACAGAAAAGACCAUUUAACGGUACACCGGCGGACGCACACAGGAGAGAAACCGUAUCCGUGCGACAUAUGCGACAAGUCAUUCAACAAUAACACUCAUUUGACGGUACACUGGAGGACUCACACAGGUGAGAAACCUUAUCCGUGUGACAUAUGCGAUAAGUCAUUCAGCGAAAGUGGCAGUUUGACGAAACACCGGCGGACGCACACAGGAGAGAAGCCUUAUCCGUGCGACAUAUGCGACAAGUCAUUCAGUAUAAGUGGCAAUUUGACGAUACACCGGCGGACGCACACUGGAGAGAAGCCAUAUCCUUGCGACAUAUGCGACAAGUCAUUCAGUGUAAGUGGCACGCUGACGAAGCACCGGAGGACGCACACAGGAGAGAAGCCGUAUCUGUGUGACAUAUGCGACAAGUCAUUCAGUGUAAGUUGCACGUUGACGAAGCACCGUCGGAUACACACAGGAGAGAUCAACCUGCGUUAUAUCAACCAAGGUUUACAAAUUACUAAGUUAACAGAUAAUUAUAAAUUAGAUUUAAAUGGUAUUUAUCGGCUAAUCUAUUACUUAUCAGUUGCGAUUUUAUUUAUUAAUUUGGUGCUUAUUAGUAUUCAAUGCGCCAAUAUUUUACAUUCCGACAAUGGACGAGAGUUCGUAAAUAAAGUUAUAUCAGAGCUGUGUUCAAUGUGGGAUGGUGUGAAAAUUGUCCAUGAUAAACCACGCCACAGCCAAACACAAGGAUCCAUCGAAAGGGCAAACCAAGAUUUACAAAAUAUACUGAGAGCUCUGAUGGAAGAUAAUAACACUUCAAAAUGGUCAGAAUCAUUACCACUAUGGUUAGAUUUUGACCUCUCAACUAAAGUAACGCCUAGAUUCGCUUUUCCAUCAAAAAAUGUCCCCAUGUUGAAAAUCAAAGCAUUAUUUUGA